UUUCCAGUGAUUUCUCUCUGUUUGGGGAGGUUUAAUCAUUUGUCUCCUUUUGUUGCUAUUUAUUUCAUUUGUUUUCUUCUGUUUUCUCCCUAUGAGAAUGCAUCUCUAAAGCUCCUUCCUUUGAUGCCCUUUUCUCUUUGUCAUUGUCAUGGGGAUCUGUUCGUCCACCACCAAAGUCUGUGGCGCAAGAAGCAGCAACCCCAGCGCCAGCAGCCGCAAAGAAGAACGGCCCUCCACCGCAGCACCGAGAACAACAGCGACCAAUGAGAAAAAGGGGAAACAUAAGCCAUCGGCUAAACAAGAACAGCAACAACAGGUGAGGGAUUCUCAGCCUCAAAAGCCCAAAGCGAAGAAUCAUUCGAAGAAACAAAGCGGGGUCGUGCCCUGUGGUAAGCGUUCGGAUUUUGGGUACCGGAAAGAUUUCGACAAGCGAUACACGAUCGGGAAAUUGUUGGGGCAUGGACAAUUUGGUUACACCUACGUUGCCACGGACAAGGAAACUGGGGAUCGUGCGGCCGUUAAGAGAAUUGAUAAAGAAAAGAUGGUUCUUCCGAUUGCUGCCGAGGAUGUCAAGCGAGAGGUCAAGAUAUUGGAGGCCCUGAAAGGCCACGAGAAUGUGGUUCAGUUUUAUAAUUCAUUUGAGGAUGGCUCCUAUGUAUACAUUGUUAUGGAGUUAUGCGAGGGUGGAGAAUUGCUGGACCGGAUAUUGUCCAAAAAGGAUGGCCGCUAUAGUGAAAAAGAUGCAGCAGUAGUUGUUCGGCAAAUGCUCAAAGUUGCUGCUGAGUGUCAUUUGCAUGGCUUGGUUCAUCGUGACAUGAAACCCGAGAAUUUCCUAUUUAAGUCAACCAGUGAGGACUCACCUCUGAAGGCUACAGAUUUCGGUCUGUCGGACUUCAUCAAACCUGGGAAGAGGUUUCAAGAUAUUGUUGGAAGUGCCUACUAUGUUGCUCCUGAAGUAUUAAAAAGAAAGUCAGGACCAGAAUCAGACGUAUGGAGUAUCGGUGUAAUUACCUACAUUUUGCUUUGCGGGAAGCGGCCUUUUUGGGAUAAGACCAAGGACGGCAUAUUUAGGGAGGUUUUGAGGAACAAGCCUGAUUUCCGUCAAAAACCGUGGCCGACAAUUAGCGAAAGUGCCAAAGACUUUGUGAAGAAGUUAUUGGUGAAGGAUCCCCCGGCUAGACUGACUGCUGCUCAGGCCUUAUCGCACCCAUGGGUUAGAGAAGGAGGAGAUGCAUCCGAGAUUCCUAUUGAUAUAUCUGUUCUGAGCAACAUGCGGCAAUUUGUUAAGUAUAGUCGAUUGAAGCAAUUUGCUCUGAGGGCAUUGGCUAGCACACUUAAUGAAGAGGAGAUAGCCGAUCUUCGGGAUCAGUUUGAUGCAAUCGACGUGGAUAAGAAUGGUGCUAUUAGUCUUGAAGAGAUGAGACAGGCCCUUGCUAAAGAUAUCCCAUGGAAGAUGAAGGAUUCCCGUGUUGUAGAGAUUCUUCAAGCGAUUGAUAGCAACACGGAUGGACUCGUUGAUUUCACCGAAUUCGUCGCAGCAACUCUACAUGUGAAUCAAAUGGAAGAACACAAUUCCGAGAAAUGGCAGAUGCGAUCGCAGGCAGCUUUUGAGAAAUUUGAUGUUGAUAAAGACGGAUUUAUAACUACGGAGGAGCUUAGAAUGCACACUGGAUUAAAAGGUUCCAUUGACCCUUUGCUUGAGGAGGCUGACAUCGACAAAGAUGGGAAAAUAAGCCUCACAGAGUUUCGUCGACUUUUACGAAGUGCAAGCAUUGGUUCACGGAAUAUACCUAUUCCCAAUAAAACUCGGACGCAAUAGGGUUAGCAUGGAUAUGAAAAUGGAAGAUUUGCGGGCAUUUGCCCCGGCUCAGGGUGUUUUUGGGUGACAAGAGUUAAUGUUACGGGUCCAGGUACACAUGGUCAUCAUGUACACAUUUUCUUUGGUUGGGUUUUGCCCUCCAAAUCUGUAAUGAUAAAUUUAUUAAUGAAAAUCAUUCUCGUGUUUUUAAACCGAUCUGGUGUUUGAAGAAUGCCAUAAGCUGAGAUUUAUCUUCUAAUAAGAAUUAUCAAAAGAGAGUAUUUACAGAG